ACGAGCCAACGUAAAAAAGAAUCAAUCACGUUCCAAACAAACACUCCGUCACUCAUCAACUUUUGCUUAUUGGUUUUGUUGACACAUCCACCGCACCAACUCCCUAGCUAAAUUUUCUCUCAUUAUUUAUGUAUUUAAUCAAUGCUGUUGAUGGCCUCCAGCUUUUUCCAUAAUCUUUUUUAAAGCUUUUUAGCCUAGCAAAAGAGUGUGCCGCAAACAUAUAGAGAGGAACACUGCAUACUAUUAAGAUGGCAACCAAAUUGUGGGCUUCAAAGGCUGCUUCAUAUCUUAAGGUCUCAACAUUUCACAGAGCAUUUGCUACUGUUGUGAAGGAUUUAAAGUAUGCAGACUCUCAUGAAUGGGUCAAAGUUGAUGGUAGCUCAGCGGCAAUAGGCAUCACUGAUCAUGCUCAGGAUCAUUUGGGUGAUGUUGUGUAUGUUGAAUUACCUGAAGUGGGGGCUUCUGUUACUCAAUCUGGCGGUUUUGGGGCUGUUGAAAGUGUCAAGGCCACCAGUGAUAUCAAUUCUCCCGUUUCAGGAAAGGUGGUGGAAGUUAAUGAGAAACUCAAGGACUCUCCUGAGCUGGUUAACGGAAGCCCGUAUCAAGAUGGAUGGAUCAUAAAGGUGGAGUUGACCAACCCCGACGAGAUCACAUCCUUGAUGGACCCAGACCAGUAUUCAAAGUUUUGUGAAGAAGAAGAUGCAAAGCACUGAGGAAGUUGAUAGGGAAAAACCACAGGCCAGGAAGUUGAAGAGUUCGAGUGGUGUUUUUUUUGUGUUUGGCUCAACAUGUAUUAACACUGCAAUUCUUUUCAUUCUUCCAAGUUCCAAUGAAAGAUUGAAUGCUUUGAA